AUGAACCGCAGCAUUUACGACAAGAAGCUCCAAGAUACCGUAAAUAUCUGGCGCCUGAUUGAGAUAUCUGCUGCCUUCUCGUACCUGAACUUCAUCCGUUGGCUGUGCGGGCUUCCGAAGGUGAUCCAAGUGUCCAUUGAAGGGCUGCUGCUCGUCGAGUUGUUGGCCCAUUUUUUCGCGACCAGGUGCGCCGAAAGGAGAGCGUUCCUGAAGAAUCCGUAUAACAUCAUUGACUUUGUGGCGAUCCUUCCCAUGGCGCUUCGACUCCAGGUCGGCAUCGCAACCCCCACCAGGGAUGAGAACGCCGUGAUACACUACCUGCUCUACUGCUUGGUCCCCGUGGUGAGGCAGCUCAAGCUCAUCCGCAAGUUCCCGAAAGUGCAGCUGUUGCUGCACGUCCUGUCCACGACCUUCGAUGCUCUGAAGCUGCUGCUGUUCUUGGUGUGCCUGAUUGUGCUGAUGUUUGGAUGUGCCUUCUACGUCCUGGAGCCAGAAGCGAUGGACUCUUUGAGUACCUCCAUCUAUCUCUGCACCGUGACAGUGACGACGGUGGGCACAUGUGACAUGAAUCCGGUUACGCCAGUUGGGAAGAUCAUGGCCGGCGCGCUUUGCCUGACCAGCGUUUUGUUCAUGGCUAUGCCGCUUUCCGUGCUGGGCAAUGCAAUGUCGCAAACUUGGGCCGAUCGACACAGAAUCGUCUUGAUCACACAGGCUCGCCGUAAGCUCAAGAAUCUGGGUUACACUGCCGAGCACAUGCCCAAGUUGUUCUCCAAGUUCGACAAAGAUGGCAACGGCGAGCUGGAAAUGGAUGAGUUCUGUGAUCUUGUGGCGAAGAUGCGGAUUGGUAUGAAACAUUCUGAAGCAACGGAGCUCUUCCUGGCAUUCGACGAAGAUGGGGACGGGGGUAUCACGGAGAUGGAGUUCAUGAAGGCUUUGUACCCUCUGGACUAUCGCCGAAUCUACCGGCGAGCUUCAGGUGUCUCAUGGGGUGCAUAA